ACGAGUCCCGUCGCACGAAAGAGGUUUUGGUUUAUCAGGUUUCUGUUUUGAACGUAUUCAUUGAAAAAUACCGUGAGUCAUUCAUUUCUGACCCAGUGCCCGAAUUGUUGUUUACCUGGAAAUGUUUUGAACAGGUACAGCAUAUACCAGGCAGGCACUGCACUGGCUACGGGGACAACAUUUAGGGAUCCACUGUAAACACCUGCAUUUGCUUGGACUACAAGAUAGAUUUCACCAUGUUCUUGGCUGCCAGAUGCUUGAGAAGGCAGAGAAGGGAAAUACCCUUGUGGUUAAAACAUCAAACAGUGCUAGGAAAUGCAAUGAAAUAUUUCCACAGUUCAAACAAAAUUGAUCCAGAUUCAUUUAAAAGUGUUGCUUAUGAUGUAAAGGAUGAGGUUGCCCACAUUCAGUUGAAUCGACCACAUGUUUUGAAUGCUAUAGAUAUGCACAUGCCUGGGGAAAUUCAAGAUGCUGUGAAACUGGCAAAUUGGGAUGAGAAUGUAAAGGUACUGGUGUUGUCUGGGAAGGAUGGAGUGUUCUGCUCAGGAUAUGAUUUGAAGAUAUUUGCAGAACCAGAGCGUGGAACCACACCUUUUAGUCAAACCAUGCCUUGGGAUCCUUAUCUGGACUUUUCACUCAUGUCAGAGUGCACAUUUGCCUUCAUGUCAUUAUGGAGAAGUCUGAAACCUGUUGUUUGUAAAAUUGAGAAGUAUGCAAUUGCAGGCGGUAGUGACAUUGCAUUGUGUUGUGAUAAUAUCUUUAUGGCAGAUGAUGCAGUAAUAGGCUACCCCCCUGCUAGAGUGUGGGGAUGCCCCACCACAGCUAUGUGGGUUUACAGAAUUGGGCUAGAGAAAGCAAAAUAUAUGCUUUUUACAGGGGAUCUUAUAAAUGGAGUAGAAGCCGAAAAAAUUGGAUUAGUUGGAAAAAGCGUACAAGCAGAUAAACUUGAUGACACUGUUAAUAACUUUGUAGACAGAAUUAAGUCUGUCCCAACUAACCAGUUGUUUUUUCAAAAACAAGUUAUUAAUCAAGCUGUUGAACAAAUGGGAUUGUUUGCUUCACAGAGGCUUGCUUCGGUAUUUGAUGGGAUGACCAGACACAGCCCAGAAGGUGCCGCUUUCCAAGAGAGGACCAACCAAGUGGGUUUCAAACAAGCUGUCAAAGAAAGAGACAUGGGAACACGAAAGUGGAAAAAGUAAGCAUAAAGAAGGGAUCUUUCACAACAUGCCAAUGUAAAGCUGGAUUUUAAAGAUUAUAUGUAUUGAAUUCAGUUUGCAUAUGGACCCUUUUCUGCACUAGACCAAUUUUACCUGAAU